AUGCUAUGGAACCGACUGGCACAACCCCUGAGGUCGUGCGUUGUCCGACAGGGCCUGUCAAGGCCACUCGGCUAUAACAACCGAACUGUACUUUCCAUGCCCAAGCGGUUCAAUUCUAGCAAUCCCCAAAGUACCGGCCAAUUCACCCCGGACCCAACGGACCAGAAUGAUCCAGACGAGGACAAGGGCCGGAGUCGCGGCAGCGAUUCAGAUCCGAACUUCAAAUCUACGAUUCUGAAGAUGCUCGAAACUGCAGCUACUACGGCAGCUUCAAUUGCCAUCCUAGGGGCGGCGGGCUAUUCGUACCACCGGUACUACAAGUACUUGAUUUUGUACAAGAUGGACAACGCAUUUAACCCCGGUGAUCCCGCCUUGGAGGUUGCGGGCGUCGUGUCCGGAAAGCAGCAUUACCGCCAUGAGGAGCCCUGGGUCGUCCGGGAUGAGCAACACCUGAUCGACGAUAUCGUUUCGGGGCGCGUCGGCGGCCACUACUAUCUCAUGAUCGGCGAGAAGGGCACGGGAAAGACAUCCAUGCUUCUGGAAGGGAUGCGCAAGAUCAAUGGGCUCGGCUGUGCCAUGUUUGAAGCGCACGCCGACCUCGAGAUUUUCCGGAUCCGACUGGGAAAGGCGCUGGACUUUGAAUUCCACGAAGAGUAUGCCCUACAUUGGAAGCCUUUUAGUAUUCGCGGCCCGCGAGAUACUACGGCCUUGUUGGACAUCGAACGGGCCUUCAACAAGCUGGAGAAGGUGGCGAUGGCCAGAAGACGCGGCGGCUCGCCGCCAUUGGUACUGAUCGUCAAUAGCGCUCACCUGGUUCGAGAUGACCAUGACGGACAGGAUCUGCUGGAGAUGAUCCAGCAGCGGGCCGAACAAUGGGCCGCGAGCGGUUUGGUCACGACCAUUCUCAACAGCGACGACUAUUGGGUAUAUGAACGCUUGAAACGCUAUGCGGAGCGGAUGGAAAUCAUCCCUGUAACAGAUCUGCCCAAAGACAAGGCGAUGGCUGCCCUGAAAAAAUAUCGCAAUCAAUUCUGGAACGAGAACCUUUCGUCCUCGACUCUCGAGGAUGUCUACAACAAAGUGGGCGGCCGCCUGUCUUACUUGAACCGAGUUGCCAAGUCCAACGAUGUCGCGAAGACCUGCGAUGAGAUCUGCCAGGCAGAGAAAACAUGGUUGCUCAACAAGUGCUGGAUCCUUGGCAAGGAGAUGGACGACGACGUGAUGGAUCAGCAAAAGUAUUCUUCUGCUGCGAUGGUCCUGGCGAAGGCUCUGGUAGACCUCGAAAAUAAAAACCAAAAGAGCUACGAUCCAGAAAGAGGGCAUAUUCUACCCCAGAUCCCGCUCCACGAAGCGCGUGAGAUCAUGACUCGCGCCGAUUUCAUCCAGGCCUACGACCACGAGAACAUCUUCACCAUUGACUCACGGGCCAUGGUGCGAGCUGACUCGGUGCCCAUGCAGCAUGCAUUCCGGGAGAUCUGCUCUAGACCCGGAUUCGACAAGCACUUGGAGGGUACAUUGGAGCGCAUCGGAGAUAUCGAGAGCCUUGGUCGCACUCGCGAGCUGACCAUCAAGGACCUCUGGGACCAAGGCAAGUACCGGGUCGUUGUGCGGGACAACAAGGGACGCGAGAGCGGGACAGUGGAAUUUGCUGUCGCCGAGCGAGAGAAUAACGAAGACUACGAGGAUUAG